CUCUUCCUAGGCCGGCGCUGAGCGAGGUAGGUGCUCGGGCCUCUCUCGGGCCUGGGCGCCGGCGGUUCUUUUUACCCUUCCGCCGCAGUAAUACGGCGCCGGCUGCCGAGUGGCGCGUCCCGGAGCCCCGUCGGAGGGGGAUGUCUCCGAUUACCGCCUGCCUGAGGCCCGAUGGUCGCGGGGCUCCGGGAUCUGGGGGAAGGGAACUGCCGGGGUUCUCCGCCUCUCUCCCCUGGUCGCGCCCUGAAGGAGGCCGCGGUUGCGGAGCUGUAGGCCGCAGGGCUGGACCAGGGAGCUGGGGCUGAGGUGCGGAUCCUCGGUGCCGGGAAGGACGCCCUGCUCGGCGACACGUGGGCUCCGUGAGCGGCCGGCCCGCUGCUGGGACCUUGCUGGAGCGUAGAGCACACGCGGAGUGCCGCGCAGAGGACACGUUCCCAGUGGCAAUUGAGACGUUCUUUUGCAUUGCAGAAAGGCCAUGUUCAGCUCAAGUGCAAAGAUUGUGAAGCCUAAUGGUGAAAAGCCAGAUGAGUUCGAGUCUGGUAUAUCCCAGGCUCUCCUGGAGUUGGAGAUGAACUCUGACUUAAAGGCUCAGCUGCGGGAGUUGAACAUCACAGCAGCUAAGGAAAUUGAAGUAGGUGGUGGCAGGAAAGCCAUCAUUAUCUUCGUACCAGUUCCUCAGCUGAAAUCUUUCCAGAAGAUUCAGGUGCGGCUAGUUCGAGAGCUGGAGAAGAAAUUCAGUGGAAAGCAUGUGGUGUUCAUUGCUCAGAGAAGGAUUCUGCCCAAGCCAACGAGAAAAAGUCGCACAAAAAACAAGCAAAAACGUCCCAGGAGCCGUACGCUUACUGCAGUGCACGAUGCCAUUCUUGAAGAUCUGGUCUUCCCAAGUGAAAUUGUGGGCAAGAGAAUCCGUGUAAAACUGGAUGGCAGCAGGCUCAUAAAAGUCCAUUUGGACAAAGCACAACAGAAUAAUGUUGAACACAAGGUGGAAACAUUUUCUGGUGUCUACAAGAAGCUCACAGGCAAAGAUGUGGUGUUUGAGUUUCCAGAAUUCCAGCUGUAAAGUACAAAAGAUGGCUGAAUAAACAACUGUUCAUAUAA